AUGGCAACAAUGGAUGCUAUCAAGAAGAAAAUGAUGACCAUGAAGAUUGACAAGGAAAAUGCCUUUGAUAAGGCAGAAACGCUGGAGCAGAAACUUAAGGAUGUUAUUGAUCAGAAAAGCAAGGUUGAAGAGGACCUGAACAUUUGGCAGAAGAAGUACGCACUUUUGGAGAAUGAUUUCGAUAUCGUCAACGAAAAUCUCAUAGCAGCCAAUAUCAAACGUGAAGCCGCAGAGAAAAGAGUGGCAGAG